AUGUCCUCCUCGUCGUUCCAGUUUAAAGAUACCAUCAUCACAAAGACCUCUGCACCCAAGUCUUCAGAAGGCCUCCCACCUUACUCCAAUACCGACCACAUGGUCGAGAUUGACUGGACCGUUGCCGAUGGCUGGACCGCCCCCCGCAUAGUGCCGUACGCUCCUCUCGCUCUCGAUCCUACGGCAUCGUGUCUCCACUACGCCACUCAGUGCUUCGAAGGCCUCAAGGCUUUCCGUUCCCAAGAUGGAAAGUCGCUUCGUCUUCUCAGACCUGAGCUUAACCUUGCUCGCCUCAAUGUCUCCGCCGAGCGUGCCUCGCUCCCAACUUUUGAUGCAGACGAACUGCUCAAGGUCCUUGUCAAACUGCUUUCUAUUGACGGCCACUUUGUCCAACCUGGGUCUUUUGUUUACAUUAGACCAUACUUGAUUGGCACCAUGACUGGUCUGGGUGUCUGCGCUCCUACCAGCGUCAAGCUUGGUAUUGUCAUGGUUCUCAUGCCCAGCUGGAGUGACAAACCUCUCCGUCUUUACUCCUCCAACCCCAAGGACGCUGUGCGUGCUUGGCCAGGUGGUUUCGGCAGCUCCAAGCUUGGUGCCAAUUAUGGACCUACCCUUCGCGAACACUCCAUUGCCCAGAAGGAUGGUUACGACCAAGUUCUUUGGCUUUUUGGUGAGGAGGAGCGUCUUGUCACCGAAGCUGGUGCUUCCAACUUUGUUGCUGUUUGGAAGAAUGCCAAAUCUGGUGCCGUCGAAGUGGUUACUUGCUCUUUAGAAACCAAUCUUAUUCUUCCUGGUAUUAACCGUCGUUCAGCCAUUGAGUACCUGCGUGCAGAAAACAAGACCGUUUUAGAGACAAAGUUUUCUAUUGACGAUCUUGACAAAGCUGCUGAGGAGGGCCGUCUGCUCGAAGCUUUUGCUAUUGGAACUGCUUUCUUUGUGGCUCCUGUCAAGGAGAUCCGUACUCCUGAAGGCAAGUCUGUGUCUGUGCCUUUGCCCUCGCUUGAGGAUGGCAGCAUUGCUCUUGAGCUUCGCAAGCAUUUUAGUGGACUCAUGUAUGACAACUACACCGAGGCUCAUCCUUGGGUUGUUGUCAUUCCCAAAGACAAUUAA